CGGGGAUUUCUGGCACUUUCUGGGCCCCGCGAACGCUCUGCUCCUGGGUUCGCCGGCCGGAAACGUCGGCGACGGAGCCGCCCCGCCGCCGCGGCCGUUCCUUGUUCUCCGCCGAGGCCGCGCCGCCACGCUGCCAUGGCCAAGUGGGGACAGGGGGACCCGCGCUGGAUCGUGGAGGAGCGGGAGGACGGGACCAACGUGAACAACUGGCACUGGACAGAGCGGGAUGCCACCAGCUGGUCCAAGGGGAGGCUUCGUGAACUCCUGGUGGGUAUCACUGUGGAGAAUGAGGCUGGCCGCUGCGAGAUCAGUGAGCUGAAGCAGGUGGAAGGCGAGGCUUCCUGCAGCAGCCGCAAAGGAAAGCUGAUUUUCUUCUAUGAGUGGAACAUCAAGCUGGGCUGGAAAGGUAUCAUGAGAGAAUCUGGUGCGAAGCACAAGGGGUUGAUUGAAAUACCCAGCCUGUCUGAAGAGAAUGAAGUAGAUGACACUGAGGUGAACGUGAGUAAAAAGAAAGGAGAUGGGGAUAUUCUGAAGGAUCUUAUGAAAACUGCAGGCACCGCCAAGGUCAGGGAAGCCCUUGGAGAUUACCUGAAGGCACUUAAGACGGAAUUUACAAUGGGAAUGAUCUUACCAACCAAAGCUAUGGCAGUCCAGGAACUGACGAUUAAAAGGAAACUGAGUGAGAAUGCCUUGCAGAUUCAGGCCUCCUCUCCAGUGGCACUGGGUGUAAGGAUUCCCACUGUGGCUCUGCACAUGACGGAACUCUUUGACACAGCUAUUGAGCAGCUGUACAGAAUCUUCACUGUGAAAGAUUUGGUGCAAAAAUUUUCUAAAUCUUCCGCUGUAUUAGAAGCUGAAAAGGGAGGGAAAUUCCAAAUGUUUGAUGGAAACAUCACUGGUGAAUAUACAGAACUGUUAACAAAUAAAAAGAUCGUCAUGAAAUGGAGAUGUAGGAACUGGCCAGAAGAACACUAUGCAGUAGUUGCACUGAAUUUUGUGCCUACACUAGAGCAAACGGAAUUACAAUUGGACUGUGAAGGAGUUCCUAUCUGUGAAGAAGAGAACAUGAAAUUUUGUUGGCAGAAGCAGCAUUUUGAAGAAAUAAAAGGUUUACUGCAGCUGACCACCCUAAAUGGUUGACUUAGUUUGAAGAUUUUAUAAGGGCAUUACUUUUUGUAAGCAGAAAGUAUCAUGUUUACCUCCUCCUCUAGUAUUCCUUUAAAAAAAAUAAUUUAUACUAGAUGAAAUCCACAGACUAAUACAGAACUGAAAGCAC